AUGCCCCGCAGUAACCUCCACUAUGAUUCAGUGGAGAUGAAACCCUUCGACUCCAUCGACAGCAAUAACCCGGCAACACAGCGCUCUCGUGCCGCGCGCCGCACCAAAGAGCAAAUCGCACAGGCUGCGCGCCCUAUUGCCCCAAAAGUCGAGUCCAUCGAAAGCAGCAUGUCCCAGCUCGACAACCACACGAUGCUCCGCAUCUCCUCAGCAGACGGCACAACAAAGGAAGUCGCCGCCAUCCCAAAGGCUUCAGUGCGGCGACCCCCGCGACCAAAGACAUACUGUCGCAUCUGCACGGACCAUCCAGACGGCUUCCACGGCGAGCACGAGCUCCGCCGCCAUAUCGAGCGCGUGCACGCUUCCGUCCGCACAGUCUGGGUCUGCAACGAUAUCUCGCCUGGCAAGUACUUCCUUGCGAACUGCAAGGCUUGUCGCAAUGGGAAGCGCUACGGCGCCAAUUAUAAUGCUGCUGCGCAUCUGCGCCGUACGCAUUUCAAUCCCUGUGAGCGGGGCCGUGGCGGGCGUGGGAAAGAUAGUGAAAAGCGCGGUGGGAAGGGGGGAGGUAAUCAGCCUGGCAUGGAUGUCUUGAAACAUUGGAUGAUUGCCGCUGAGGAAGUCACCGAUGAGGCGGCUGGCGGUGGCUCCAACUCGAGGCUUCUGAUUCGGAAUCCUAGUCGUGUUUCGACUAGGGACCCUGGAUAUCAGCUUGCUGUUGCUGCCUGUCGCUUGGUUGACGGUCAGCCUUCCUAUGUUGUGCAGUCAGCUCUGCUGAAGGAGUCUGACCAAUUCCCCGAUUUUCCUGAUGCGCCGUUUGAGUUCGAUUUUGAGCUGGACCUUGAUCUCGACCUCGACAUUGAGGAGUCGAUGGGUUCCCCAUUCUCCGGUUCACAGUCAUCAUGCAUGCCUGAUAUUGACUCGUAUGUCAAGUGA